UAUGUGUCAUGCUCUGCGAGCGCGCGCGUCGUCCGUGAUGGCGGCCCGAGUGCGGUUGAAGAUGCGCCGCUUCACCGGCGUGUCGCCGCUCGCCGUUCUGCUCGCGGUGUGCGCUGUGUUGGCUCCUGCCAGCGGGAUGUUCGAGCACCGUCACUGCGAUCACCAGCAUCCGCGGGCGCACGAGAUAAUUCACGGCGUACAUAUCGAGCCAGCGCACGAAGUAAAAAAACGUAGCAUCAGUCAACCAGUACGCAUUCUGUUAUCUUACGACGAGAGCGUCUUUAGGUUGGACGACGAGAAGUUGGAUCUCAUUAACAAUACUAUUUUACCCGAGGCUGUGCACUUUUGGGAACGAGCAUUGAUGGUGCGAGAGACAAAGAGCACCAUUAGAUUGAACAGGAAAUGUGAGAGUAGUCAAGUUUUCGUCAAGGACCACCACACACACUGUAUAGAUACUUGCCGUCCUGUUACUAUGUGCGGUGAAGUACGCGUCCCGGAGGACCAUCUUGACGUUUGCAGAACGUGCAACGGGACGGGACACAAUUGCGGAAUAGCUGAAGGGAGUAUAGCUGGUCCGGGAAUCGACGGUGCCGAUUUUGUCUUUUAUGUAUCCGCUAUGCAGACUGAGAGAUGUCAUAAGGGUUUAACAGUAGCUUAUGCUGCUCAUUGUCAACAGGAAGCAGCCUUAGAUCGGCCGAUAGCUGGUCAUGCCAAUCUAUGCCCGGGAAGCAUCAGCACGAAACCGCAGGAGUUGGAAACGUUGCUCAGCACCGUUAAACACGAGAUCCUGCACGCUUUAGGAUUUUCUGUGAGCUUAUACGCUUUCUACAGAGACGAGAAUGGUGAGCCCAGGACGCCUAGAAGAAGCGAUACUGGAAAACCACCCCUUAAUGAAAAGUUACAAACGCACCAGUGGAGCGAGAACACGAUCAAAACCGUGGUCAGGCCUCGCUGGCAAGUGCACGGCGGUUACGUGGAGAGGACCAUGCAAAUGAUAGUCACGCCUCGGGUCCGCGCCGAGGUUCAAGCGCACUUCAAUUGCCCGGAACUCGAGGGCGCGGAAUUGGAAGACCAGGGCGAGGAUGGCACAGCCCUAACACAUUGGGAGAAACGCGUGUUUGAGAACGAAGCCAUGACAGGGACGCACACGCAAAAUCCAGUUUACUCGAGGAUAACGCUUGCUCUUAUGGAAGAUACUGGUUGGUACAGCGCCAACUAUUCGAUGGCGCAAGAGCUAGGUUGGGGGAAAAAUCUAGGAUGCAAUUUCGCCAUGAAAUCCUGCAAGGAAUGGAUAUCCACUAAAUCAUCCCCGUUGUCAGGAAAGUCGAUACAUCCUUUUUGCAACAAAGUGAAACAAGACCCAUUGCAGACCGAAUGUACGGACGAUCGGAGUUCAGUGGCCUUGUGUAACCUGGUGAAACAUACGCAACCGCUACCCAAGAAAUACCAAAACUUUGAUUCAAUUCCCCACGUACUAUCGGGAGAAGAACAAUACUACGGCGGGUCGGUAUCUCUGGCAGAUUUCUGUCCUUACAUACAAGAAUUCACGUGGAGAGCGCGGAAUAUAGUAGUCAGGGGUUCUCACUGUCUUUACGAGGAGAAUAAUCCGCACCCAGACAAGAAUUUCGCAUUAGAGAAGUACGGUCCUCAUUCAAGGUGUUUUGACCAUACUAAUGAUAUGUGGGAAGAGAGAACUUGCAAACAAGCGCGUCAGUGGCAACACUGGGGUUCCGGUUGUUACUUGUAUAAGUGCGAAGCCGGGAGACUACACAUUAUGGUUGGCAAUUAUACGUAUACGUGUUAUCACGCUGGACAGGAAAUUAUUAUAAGAAUUAUGCAGAAUGGUUGGUUGCAUAAAGGUGCUCUAAUUUGUCCCCCCUGCCGAGAUAUCUGUCAGGCGGAAUUUAAAGCACGGGACGAGUGGUGUAAGCCAGGGGACGAACAUCCACCUUCCAUAUAUUAUCACAAAGACUAUCUUCACUGUGCGUCCGCAGAUAGUUUUAGCCUAAGUAUAUCAACGCUUAUUAUUGCAAUCUUAUCCUUCGUCGUUAGAUGAUAAAUUAUAUUUUUUAGUUAAUGUUUUAGCAUUGUCUAAAUCUAGAUACAUAGAUAUAUCAUUUAUUGACCUAUGUAUCAUGUUUUGACAGCGAUAGUUUCAAUGUGGUUUGGAAAUAUUCUAUUUCUCGCGAUAGCGUCUAUUCUAGUUUUUGUUAUUGAAAAACAUAAUGAAUAAUGGCCGAGGUGACAAUCGUAAAUAAACUCGUUAUCUAUCUGAUAAAAUGUUGGCCAAAUAAUUUAAAAGAAUAAAGGAAUUAUCGAUUAACUUUAAAUAUGUUAAAUACGCGCGAUGAAUAUAUGUAUUAUAUUUGGAUUUAAUGAUCCGUGGUGAUAACGUGACGAGGCAUUUUUAGGUGCCAAUUUCAUAUUAUACAUGCUUCAUUAAUCUAGGUUACGUAUUUAGCCAAUUUGCUAAUUUUAUUAUUGCAUAUAUGGUUUAUUAUGAUUAAUUCUGACACAUGAUAUAUUUUGGUCAUUAGUUCAUGUGCGUUGUCUGAGCGAACAUGAAUAAUCUCGGUCAUCGCUCAAUUCAAGACGAUGAAUAAUUAUGCUGUAGCUGAUAGAUAAUUACUAUUAUCUGACUAAUGUGUAUACACACGGACUGCAACCAUCAUUGCCGAUAUAAAAAUAAUAUGGAAUUUUAUGACGUAAAUUAGUUAUAGAAAUUAAUAAGUCUAACAAAGAAACGCUAUACAUUGCUGAUAAAUGACAAUGUAAAUGACAUAUAUAUUUUGCAUGAUAUGACAACGCAAGUAAAGUGCGUAGAAAAAGUAGAAGUAUGUAUGUAUCAGAUAUGUAUGCUCUAUUUACAAUUUAUACUAUUUGCGAAACAUUACAGUUAGUUUUGCCAGUAAAGUAUAGCGAACUUUUUUAGGCAUUACGAGUGAUCAAGCUCUGAUAUUAAUAUUCAUGAAAAAAAGUCAACUUUACAUUCCAUUGAGACUGCAAUCUUUUUUAACAUUCUAGUUUAUUGACUGCAUUGUUAACAAUUCGUAAUAUUCCUGAUGACAUGUAUGAAAGUUCGUGUGAACAUAUGCACGUAAGUCAUAUCGAACAAUAUACGAAUAAAUGUGAAAACUAAAGUGAUUUAAGAAUAUGACAAACCAAUUUAUCAAGGAUUGUCGAUUGUUGUGAAUCUUGGGUGGAUAUCAUGAAUGUAUGUGGUAUAAAAAAUAAGUCGUUGUACAGUAUAGUUCCAAAAAUGCGAAGUCUAAUAAUGCAAUAGAUUUACGACAUUUCGUAUAACAUAAUAUCCAGAUCUUACAAUUAUUUGCAUAUAGCAUAUUAUUUGAUAACUGUAUUAAUGUGGAUGAUAUGUCGCGGAACAAUUUUUUAGUUUCUUAUCACUUAAAUUAUAUGUUCAAUGCGUGCAAUUUUUGGAAAAUUAUUUUUACUAUAGUUUUAAUUUGUAUGCAGUUUGUAAUAGAUUUAUAAUAUAUUUUAUCUAUUUUAUGUAUGAUAAAAAUUUGCUAUUUACGAUUUCUUCAAUGCUUUACUAUGGAUAUAGAUAUAUCAGCGCAAUAAUUUGCGCAGAUUAGUCAUAAAUAAAAUAUCUAAUAAUUUUAUCUUACUGGAAAAAAAUGGCGAACGAUAAAGUCAGCACAUAGAUUGUAUAUGUAUUAAAGUCUCAUCUAUAGUAAUCAUUUUUAGAGUAUAGCUAAUCCGUUCUGUGUAACUAAUACAAUAAUAAAAUAUUAAGUACUUUUUGCAAUUUGUGAAAAUAGCAAAUUUGAUAUCACAACAUUUUUUUAGGCAUUCCAAAAAGGUUAUUUUUCAUGAAAAAUGCGUUCCAUGAAAAAUAAAAUGUUAAUUUCAUUCUUAUAACACAUAUUCCAAUUUGGAACAUUCGCAAGGUUGUAAUGUGUAAUGUAUGAGAGUAUUUAGUUUAAUUUUGUACAGAGAUGAUUAAUAUUUAACAUAUAUACUUUGUAAAGAACUUGAAGAUAUCUCAGUAUUGAUCAAAUAUACUGAGAUGUAUAUUCGAGAACAUUUCUCGCAAAUUCCUGCUAAUGUCGUUGCUCGACAUAAGAACGGAUUAAAUGCGUUAACAAACGCUAUCCGGUAAAUGUUAAUAUUGAGCGCGUUAGCUAUCAAUAAGUGAACAUAGAAGAAAACGAGUAUGUUUUAGUAAUUCUGUAAGGCCCAACUAUGAAAAUAUCGCAGGUAUAUGUAUAAGCAUGUAUGAGUGUGCGCGGUUAUCUGAAUACAUGUAUCAUAGAUCGUUCUCAAAAUUCUGAGCUGUUAGUCUGUUAGAUUUUUAUGAAAACGAUUACAAACUCAUAUGAAGUUGUUGGAAUGUAUGUUUUAUAUUAAUUUGUUAUUUAAGUUUUAAUAACAUACUUCGUCUCUCAUAAUGGCUAUUACAAAAAAUAUGUUACGAUUUGAAAAAUUACAACUUUAAUAAAAGUUUAUAUUAUAAUUGUGUGCAGCUCAGAAAAAUUGUACACAUAAUUUCAAACUUUUUUCUUUUUAAUUAAGUACACGCGCGAACUGGAGGUUACAAUAUUUACGAAUAUAUAUAUUUAGCUACUAUCUUAGAAUAUUUUAUAAUAUAUAUUAUGUC